AUGAGGAAAUUCGCAUUUAAGCCUUUCAAGGGCGACAAGACGGUUCCUACAGAUGAUCCCACAGAAUCUCGGAACCCAGUACAAAAACGACGAGAGCAAGUUCGUAGGGCACAAAGAACCCACCGCGAGCGAAAAGAAACAUACAUCGCAUCUCUAGAAAGCGAAGUUGUUCGCCUUCGUGCCAAAGAAGCACGUCUCGAGUCAAAAAUCAAAACACUUUAUGCCGAAAAUAGUAUCCUAAAAAAGGGCUCGACACAACAAGACGUCCCGCUACCCACAGAAACCGAAGCAGCAGACGAGAUCAUAAGUCUCACCGUCUUCCAAGAAAACAGCAUCACAAAAAAGGGAAGCUGGCGAAAACAAAUCUCCGUCACCCAACCCCACAAGCCCAUCACAAACUUCUCCCAACCCGUCUCCCCGCCUUCCUCAAAAUCCUCAUCGCACUCUUCCACCUCCCCAACCCCCACACCAUCACCAACCACCCACCUUGGCGCCCUGGACCCGGAUAUGAUCGGCAUGGACUUCGUCCUAACUCUCGAAUCCCCCUGCCUCUCCCACACCGACAUCUCCCCAAUCCCCACCCCACACCACCCCCGCACCUCCUCCCUCCCCACAACAACCGGCCACGCCCUCACCCUGUCUGCCUGCCUCCUGCACACGCACCCUUCCCCACCGGGACACCGCCAGUACUCGCAAACGCCCUGGCGUGCGCCCCGCUCCUCGCUCUCCCACGUGCUCAGCAUAUCGUCAAACGUCCCGCUGGCCGAUGGCGAGGUAACGCCAGUCCAGGCUUGGGAAUAUGUAAGACAGCAUGCGGCGUUUAGUGGGUUGGAGGUGGGGAGGUGGGAGAUGCUGAAGGAGAAGUUGGUGGGGGCCGUACGGUGUUAUGGGUAUGGGGGUGUGAUUGAGAGGAAGGUGUUGGAGAAUGUGGUUUUUGAGGCGUUUGUUGUUGGGAGGAUCUUCUGA